AUGGGCCGGAUCCCAUGCUGCGAGAAGGAGAAGGUGAAGCGCGGGGAGUGGACGGACGAGGAGGAGGACAAGCUGCUCUCCUACAUCAUGCAGUACGGCGCGCGCAACUGGCGCCUCAUCCCCAAGAACGCCGGGCUGCAGCGGUGCUGGAGGAGCUGCCGGCUGCGGUGGGCCAACUACCUGCGGCUCAAGCUCAAGCACGGCGAGAUCACUGACGCCGAGGAGCAGUCCAUCAUCAAGCUGCACUCCGUACUGAGCGACAGGUGGUCGGUGAUCGCGGCCCAGCUGCCGGGGCGGACGGUCUACGACGUCAAGAACCACUGGAACACCAAGCUCAAGAAGAAGCUGUCCGGGAUGGGGACACCCCGUGGGGCAGCGGCGUUGCAGGAGCAGCAGCACAACAGCAGUAGAGCGCGGCAUCUAUUUUUGUUUUUAACGAAAGCGCGGCCUCUAAUCUCCGACGUAACCGACGAGGUGCACGAGGUAGCACAUCCAGUGCAACAGCCUGAACUAAUGGGCAGACGCCUCUCUGACGUCUUAUCUUCAGUUUCGACAGUUUCGUCAGUGUUAGCAUCUGUUUCAGACUAAACUUCCUAGUAUUUGCUAGCUAUGUCAGUCAGUGUCACCGCGUGAUAUCUAUUUCAAUGCCAUCUACUAUCUGAGUGUGUGAACAAUAUA